AUGCACACGCACGUUCUUGAACGAACAAAGCUUUUUCUACAAAACUAAAAUAGCCUUCACAAACUCAAUCGCUAAAAACUCUUUCUAAUUUUGGGGUUUUUCAAAUUUUUAUUUUAAUUUCGGUUGUAAUCAUAAAUCGAAAAAGAGCGGUCACGACGUUUCUAAGAGAAUCGUCUUCUUCAUCAUCGUCGUCUUCAUCUUCUUCCUUUCUCUGUGUGUUUUUUUUUCUUCUCUCCUUUUUUUGAUUUUUUUACCGCCGGAGAUUUUUUGUAUUUUUUUUAAUUAUUCUUGCCGGCGGUUAAAGAGAUAUAAUGAAGGGGAGAAUAUCAAAAAUAGGAAGCUAUGCAAUAUCGUCUUCCAUAAGAGACCAGCAUCAGCAACCUUGUAUUUCUUGUACUACUUUCAAUAUCCUUGCUCCCAUCUAUAAACGUCUCUCUCCCAAGGAUCAAAGUCUUCGUGAAAGUGAUAAUCGAGGGUAUUGGCUUGCAAGGAAUCAUAGAAUCAUUGAUUGGUUAUUGUAUGAGAGGUCUUCCAUCAUUUGUUUACAGGAGUUUUGGGUAGGGAACGAAGAGCUUGUUAACAUGUAUGAGAAGAGACUUGGUGACGCUGGUUAUCUCAGUUACAAGCUUGGCCGUACUAAUAACCGUGGCGAUGGUUUGUUUACGGCUGUUCAUAAGGACUAUUUCAGAGUUGUGAACUCGAGGGAUUUGCUUUUUAACGACUGUGGUGAUCGAGUUGCGCAGUUGCUACACGUAGAAUUAGUUCCUCCUUAUUCUCAGUAUGAUGCUCAUCAAGAAGUUUUGAUUGUCAAUACUCAUUUGCUGUUUCCUCAUGAUUCUACAUUGUCUAUAGUAAGAUUGCAACAGGUAUAUAAGAUUCUUCAGUAUGUAGAAUCUUAUCAGAAGGAAGUUAAUCUCAGUCCUAUGCCUAUUAUACUUUGCGGAGAUUGGAACGGAAGUAAGCGAGGACAUGUCUACAAGUUUCUCAGGUCACAGGGUUUUGUGUCUUCUUACGACACUGCUCAUCGGUAUACAGAUUCAGAUGCUCACAAGUGGGUAAGCCACCGGAAUCACCGGGGUAAUAUAUGCGCUGUUGAUUUCAUAUGGCUUCUAAAUCCAAAUCGGUAUAGAAAGCUGUUAAAAACAAGUUGGAGCGAGGCAGUGUUUGGCAUGUUCAGGUAUUUACUGAGAAGAGCCUCACUAACAGCUGAAGAUGCUUUUGCCUUUUUGAAAACCGAUAAUGAUGGUGACCACAUUACAUUCCUGGGUUUCUGUGAGACUCUUCGGCAGCUCAAUUUAACAGGUCAUUGCAAUGGACUCACGACAAAAGAAAUUAAAGAUUUGUGGAUUCAAGCUGACAUUGAUGGAAAUGGUAUUGUAGAUUACAAGGAGUUUCAGCAAAGAAUAUGGAAUCAAACCUGGUCAGAACAGAGAGAUGCAGCGGAUGGAGAAGCAAAGGGAAACCGGGAACAAACCGUCGGAUUCAGUGUCAAGAACGCAGUUUUGUUUCCUCCUGAAGUUGAAAAAGGAGUGUGGCCAGAAAACUACUCACUAUCAGAUCACGCAAGGCUAACCGUGGUAUUCUCUCCCAUAAGAAUGCCUUGCUCUCAGUUGGUUUCAUGACAAAACACACUCAAACAACAUAUUUAGCUUCUCCCAUUUAGAAAAGACCUCUGAGUUUUUGUGUCCCCUUAUAGAGCACUCCAUUGGUUCGGCUUCAAUACUCUUACUUUUGCGGUUCCUGUCUUGGUGGACAAAGAGAGAAAGGGGACAACAGAGGUCCUAUAAAUUUUAUACGCUGUACAAACCUGUAAACUAAAAUAUGAAGCUUCAUGUAUAAAACAAACGUAGUAGAGAUUUAAGAAGCAGCUUUUGCCACUCUUUUUUUGUUU